GGGUCUUCUUGGCAUCUGGUGUUACUUAGGUUGAGAUGUUAGGCGAAUGUGGGGGAGGUUUCUGUUCAGAAAUACUUUUGAUGGUUUCACAUAUUUACUCAGUUCUGCACUGCUUUUGUGCUUGAAAAGCUCCUCUUUAUUUUACUGAGACAGUGAGAUAGACAUGAGUGAGAGACUGAAGUUUAAGUGUGUGUGGGCAUGUCUCUGUGUAUGUUAAGAGUUGGCUGACCACCCUGGACAACCCCUUCCUGACAACCCCGCUGUUCAUAGAGAGACAGGAAGUCAAGACGGAGAGAAGGUCGAAAGACUUUUCUCUAAAAUUUUGUUCUUGGACAUUUCUACUACUUCUGGACAUUUCAUAUCCCAUUUCUCUGAUGGGAAAAGAGAGAUAUCUGUUAAGAGAAACCAGGGUACACAAGGGGAGGCCAUGGACAGGUUCUCUUGCCCCACACAGGAUUUUUGUGUGAAGGAUUAAUUGAGACACAAAGAAUCUAGGGCUCCCAAAAAUACAUGUUUGGUAUGUGAAAAGUAGAACGAUGAAGAAAACAGCUGUUGCAACUAAGGACUCUUGGGCAUCUAUCAGGUUGACUUCUGUGCUCCACUAAAUCUUCACACCUAAGCUCUUUCUGUUUCAUCUGCAGUAUCUUUUAUUCAGUAUGCACCAUGCUCUCUUCACAUCCUACCACAGCAUCUCCUGUCCUCCCCAAACACACCUCAGCCACCUCCCCAAGUCCCCUGCUCCUCAGUUGUUCUCCUCCACCCAAUUCUCCAUCUUUGCUCCCAUUGGUUGACAUCUCAGGUGACUCUGCUUCCCCUCGUCAUCCCCAUUCACCUCUCUUUACUGACUGGAAAGGCAUCACUCCAGCGCCCGGUUCUCUACCAACUCUCUACUCCAGAUCGCCACCCAUGUCUCCACCCAAACCCUUCUACCCACCUCUCCCCGCACAGCAGCCGUCAGCCAUCCCCAAGGGCUCCUCUCAAGGUAUGCACAAGCCUCCUGUACGUCCAAGCUCCAAACCCUCCUCACCACCUCUUCCCAGACCCCCAGCACCACUUGCCUCCAAAGGUGCUAUCAUCACACCAGCCCCAGCUGACCACAAGGAGAAGCCUACCCCUCCCAGUAUAAGCAUCCUGGAGAAGCUAAUCAAGACUUGUCCAGUGUGGCUGCAGCUUGGAAUAUCACAGGAAAGAGCCAUUCGUAUACUCAACAAGGAGAUGCCAGGGAUAUUCAUAGUAAGGAGGAACAUUGACCAGAAGCUGAUGGUUUUGUCAGUGCGUAUCCCAGACCAGCAGGGGGAGCCACAGGUGCAGGAGUUACAUGUGAAAGAGGAAAAAGCCUUGCUGUAUCUGGAAGGCUCUGUCCUGGUCUUUGACAACAUUUUUAAACUCAUUGCAUUCUACUGUGUUAGCCGGGACAUUCUCCCCUUCACCUUGAAGUUACCUGAGGCCAUCAUUCAGGCAACUAAAUAUGAAGACAUGGAGGUGAUCUCCACACUUGGCUUAGAAUUCUGGAGCUCAAUGCUGAACAGUCACUUUGCAGAUUUCUCAAGUAAAGCAGUGGCCAGCAGAGGCACUCAGGAUGCACCAGACCACAGUAGCUCCUGUGAGAUUCAGCUUUCUGCUGGCAGUGACCGCCUUUGGUAUGUCAACCCUAUCUUCAUUGAGGAAUACUGCAAAACUCUUCCAUCCAGCCCCCCAGCACCCAUCCUCAGGACCCAGAGCCUUAACACACCUAUUCAGACUCCUCCCAAGUACAGGAGACCACCGCCACUCCCUCCUCGGCCACUCAAUGUGUCUGAAGGAGCACUGGUGCAGGCUUCUCAUAAACCAACCAAAGAGGAGCUUACAUCAAAGGAGCCUGCAAUUCUCUCACUGAGCUCACUCUGUAUGAUUACAAAUAAGGAAGGAAGUCAGCGCCUGUGCACAGAGACAGAGGAAACUCCUGCGACCAGUGUCGAGCCAGGGACAGCCAAGCCAGCCGAAGCACAACCACCCCCAAGCGUAGUUAGGAAGCAGGCUAGCCGUGUCCCUUCACACAGAAUUCCCCCGGUGCCACUCCGACGCAAGCUUUCAGAGACCCAGGCCUCAGGAGAAGAAACCCAGCAGGAGCCUCCCAACAGCAGGGCCAGUGUCUCUGCACUCGCACAGGCAGACGGGGAGGAGUCUGGAGCAUUUCUUAUCUGCUUCGACGACAACAGCAUGGCACAGUCAGAAAGACCUGUAGAUUCCCCUAAACAGCCAAGGGGAGUAGAUGAAGAAGCACCGGCACAUACCUCCAAGAUGUCAAAUGGAGGUUCCACUGUGACUCCAGGAACUGAAGUUGAGAAACCUAGUGUUCCUGUGCCACCGCCUAGGAGGAAACGACUCUCUCAAGCUGUAUCCACAUUUAGGCAAGAUAACGGCACCCUUGGGGGAACUUCUCAAGAGCUCACGUCCCUGAUUCCACAGAAAGCCAGCACCACCACGUCUACGCACCCCUACGUCUGCACCACUGCAGGCCAUGCCAGAGUUCCAGAUGUCUCACUCUUCUCCCCUGAGGGAGGUGCUCCCCAGCCAGACCAUGACUCCUAUUCUACCAGUAGCACAGAGGAGGAGAUGGAUACUACCACAGCAGGUGCCCUAGUGAAGAGGUCACCCACCAUCAUGCUGGACCGUGCCAAACAGCGUCUCUCUAUGGUCAGCUUCUCCACUGUCUUCACAAGCUUCAUGAGCGCAGACUGCAAGCUGCAGAAACGGAUCGUGGAGCUGGCUCGUGAUGGGAACACAUACUUUGGGAACCUGGUGCAGGAUUACCGUGCCUUUACUUUGGAAACCAUGCAAAGACACUCCUCUAGUACAGAGAUGCUCCAAGAAAUCAGACAAAUGAUGACCCAGCUCAAGAGUUACCUGAUCCAGAGCACAGAGCUACAGAAUUUACAGGAGCCAACAAUCUACUCAGAGGAGAAGCUGGAGAUAAUCAUUGAGGCAGCACUGUGCAAGUGUGUUCUGAAGCCUUUGAGGGAGCAGAUAUAUAACGGGCUGAAGGACAUCCACUCCCGGGCGGGCACUCUGAAGAGGCUGAAGGAGAACCAACAAGUUGUUUUAGGCACCACCACCACAGAUUUGGGGGUGACCACCAGUGUUCCAGAGACACCAGUCAUGGAGAAGAUUCAGGUGAAGCUGGGGAACCUGCAUCAGGAAUACUCACCUCAGAAGAAGAUCAACCUGCUCCUCAAGACCUGCAAGAUGAUCUAUGAGUCUAUGUCUGUGGGUUGCCCAGGGAAGGCCCAUGGUGCAGACGACUUCCUGCCUGUGCUGAUGUAUGUGCUGGCACGGUGCAACAUGAUCAGCCUGGUGCUGGAUGUGGAGUAUAUGAUGGAACUGAUGGACCCUGCUCUACAGCUAGGAGAGGGCUCAUACUACCUCACCACCACGUAUGGAGCUCUGGAACACAUAAAGAACUAUGACAAGCAGGCCAUUACUAGGCAGCUGAGUCUGGAAAUCCAGGACUCCAUUCACCGGUGGGAGCGACGCCGCACCCUCAAUAAGGCUCGUGCCUCACGCUCUUCUGUACAGGAUUUUAUCAAUGUCUCUUUCCUGGAAGCUUGUUCCAAUACCAAGACACUGGGUAUUCAUUCCAGUACCACUGCUCAGGACUUUUGCACACAAUGUGCUGAGAAGUUUGAGGUGCUGGACCCCGAUUCCUUCUGUCUGAGUGUGCUAGUGGAUGGACAAUACCAACCCCUGACCCCUGAGGAAUUCCCACUUGCUAUAAAAUCCAGUCUGCACCACAGUGAGCCACGCAAAGAAUAUUACUUUGUAUACCACCAUGGGCGUUGGCCAGGACAGGAACCUGACAGCCAGAUAUUGUCUACCCCUGAACCAACUGCUGCCUUGGAGGAUGGUUUGUUCUGAUGGAUUUGUGAUCAGCAAGGGAAAAUGGUUUGCACAAAGGUCUACAGCCAGCUGGAACAAACUUAGCAAACCAUUAUAAAAUAUCCUCACAUUGCCAUUGAGGAUAGGAGUCUUGAAGGCCUUCCACUCUAGAGAUUAAGAAUCAUAGCAAAUUUACUGUCACUAGGAGCAGAAUCAUAAUCUCAUAAAUAUUUGACUUUGUAAACACACUCAUUCUCUUUGAUGAACAACUACUUCCAACUAACAGAACUUCCUCUCAUAAGGAGCUGCUUCCUCAAACAGAAAUAUUCUAAUAUUCUAACUCUUCAGCUCAUCCAAAAUCAUAAAUACAGUUGAUACUUGUCUCGUGACUCGUGACUUUUGGAUUCCAAUAGGUUGAUUUUUUGUGAGAUAUUUGAGAUCAAAUUAUGCAAUGAAGAGUUAAUAAAAACUCUAAGAUUAAUAAGUCUUGAAUGAUAAUAUAACCUUUAUAAUAUUCUGAUACUCAUUUUUAUAUUGAAUGUUUUUAUGACAUACCUUAUGUAAGGCUUUUUGUAAGGGGAGGGUUAAGCACAGGUAUGGAAUAAUAAUUCUUCAGUGAAAAUCCUUUUAAGACCACCACAAGGCUAUAUCUGGAGGGAGAUUAUAUACAUACAUUUUGUGUCUGCUACUGUUUUAUAUCUUUUAUAUCUUAAACAAAGAUUUUUGGAUUACAUUCCGGGUUAUACAUGCAAUUGACACAUUACAUGAAUAUGUUUGCAUGUGUGACUGAAAUCACCAGAAUUUUUUGUAUCUGUGACUCGGAAAAUAGGAAGUGUAAUAGUCACAAUGUAAAUUUAACCAAAGCCAUUGCCUUUAAGUUGCAUACAAUUAAAGUAUCAUUUCUUAA